AUGCGUCCCCUGCAGCAUCCCCAGCUAUCUCCUCCGGCCGAUGCCGGCAUCCGGCUUCCGUGUUCCGGUCCCUGUGACGUCGGGACGUACGGGCGCCAGAACCGGCAGCAAAUUUGAAAUUUUUUAAAAAUGUCAUUUUUUUAAAAAUGACUAUUACAUAUGCAUUUCACAUACAUUUUGUCCCUACUGCUUUGUCCUGUGCCCUGCCUGCAUUUUGAUCUGUUCUUUCUGCCUGGAAACUUAGAAAAGUCCAUGGCGUCCAAAAAGCGUCCCUUUACACCAAAAGCGGUUUUAGACCAGCUAGAGAACAGCGAUAGUAAAUCAGAACCACUUGCAGAAUUG